AUGGGAUUACUUUCAAACCGGAUUUCUAGGGACGAGCUCUGCCCAGGAGAUCAUAUCUAUGCUCAUAGACACGGGCAUGCAUACUCCCACCAUGGUAUAUUUGUUGGGGAAGAUAGGGUGAUUCAUUUCAAUUCAACAAAUGGUCCAAAAAGUGUUCCAACAAGUAGUAGCUCAUCGACAGAGCCUCCAUGUGGAAAGUGCGGGCAUGACCCAAAACGAACGGGGGGGGGACUGCUGAGAACCUGCAUCGAUUGCUUCCUAAAAGACCACCACCUGCAUCGCUUCGAAUAUGGGGUCUCUCGAAGCCACUUCAUAUUGAAACUGAAAGGAACUUGUAGUACUGAGGAUUGCGAUCCAAACGAGACUGCAGUGAGUCGUGCCACAGAGAAUUUCAACAAUGGGGAAGGGUUUGGUGUCUACCAGUUGCGUGAUAACAACUGCGAACACUUUGCCUGUUAUUGCAAAACAGGCAGGCGAGUGAGCGAGCAGACUACUUCCAAGACUACCAUGUUUGUUUCUUUUUUUCAUUCUAAGUCGUCUUAA